CUUUGUAUUUUUCCCAUUGUAUAAGUCACCCUCUACUUUAUAUGUAAACAAACCACGUGGCUCAAAACAAAUUAACUAACCCAUUAUCUGUAGUAUUUCAUAUUCUCUCAUGAUAUAGAGCCUGCGCCUCCACAGCUUCCACCAUGUCCCUGGGAUCCUAUGUCUAUCUUUGGGCCCUGCAGCACGUACGUUAGGCUAGAGUUUAUAUGUAAAUAAACCACGUGGCUCAAAACAAAAAAUUAGUUAAUCCAUUAUCUGUAGUAUUUCAUAUUCUCUCAUGACAUACAGCAUGCGCCUCCACAGCUUCCACCACGUCGCCCCUGGGUUCCUAUGUCUAUCUUUGGUUCCUAUCGCUAAUUAUUUGAUUAGGCUAGAGUUUCUUUGGUCCCUUUUAAACCAGAUUUUGUGUUACAGAAUAUGGCGAGGAUCUGGAAUGAUCUGCUUGUUGUAGCAGGAUAGGAUAAGUAUCAAUAUCUAUCUCUUGGAUGGGUCAAGAUAUACCCUCUACUCUGCAGCCCACAGGGCUCAAUAAAUUUGUAAUACUUCAUAUUUGUUUCUCGAAUAUGUAGGAGCGCUGUGUAUUAUUUUAUUAAUAGAGAAGAAAAGGACCAAAAUAGCCUUACAAAACACUCACAUAGAUAUUCAUGUCUUGACAUCGACGAUGUUGUGCUCGAUCCAUACUCCUGCUGCUAAGGCCUGCUGAAACUCUUCUUUGUGCAAUCCUGCCAAAAUAUUUAAGAAGAACAUAAUCAUAGCAUUUGAAGUCAGUAGAAGAUUGCACAAUUUUCUUUCAAAAAGAGAAGGUUUUGUUCCUCAUUUUCCACAUUGGCCAGCAUACAGUGCCAAUGGUAUGCCACAGGACAAGUGAAAGUAUCGAGGAGGCUGCAAUGCCAAUGAUCGCAUCAUUUUAUCUGCUCAAAUCAUCUUUACUUGUAGUAAACCUCAAAUAGAGGAACUAGAAUAAUGGAGAAAUGCUAUGCUCCCACACGACAUAUAUAGUUGCUUGAACAUUUUCCAGCGUUUUAAAAAUAAUUCAUGAAUGGCAAAGCAGUGAUCACUGGAGAAAAGUUGAGAUUUUCCUGACAGAAACCAAAUGGGUAGAUAAAGAAAUAUAUAAACUCAAACAUUUUAGUAUAGUAUCAUGUGCUAUUUUUAGUCUUGGAUACUUGAUCUCCAAAGAUCUUGUCGUGCAUAUCUUUCUAUAUACAAAUUUUUCUUUAUAUUAUUGCUGAUGAUGCAAUCAUUAAUUUAGAUGGCAUCCUGCAUAUCACUUAAAUUCCACGAUUACCUUCAGUGAUAUUUUUGUAUCUUCUGGUAUCUAUUGCUAUUUUCUGGAUUCUUUUGCUAUCUUAUGGAUUCUAUUGAAUUGUCACAUGGUUCCGAAUUUUUAAAAACUUAGUUAUCAGACAUGCUAUAUAUAGAAACUUCUCAGAACAUUCUCGAACACCACAAAGCUCAUUGUUGUGACUUGUGAAAGAUGGAGUGGGGGGGAGAACAAGUUCAUCUGUCCAAAAGAGGCGGUCUGCAAGCUGUCCCAUUCAUCAUCUGUAAUGUCUCUUUCACUCUAAUAGAUUACAAAACCUAUAUCUAUAUGCUCUUUAUACAUUGUUUAAUGAUUGCAAUUGGAACAUUGAUAAGCUGUUGACACUUAACUUUUGCUUUGAUUGCUAAUUUUUUCAUUCCAAGCAUACACCUCUGUCAAAGAUGUUGGGUCUGUCUUAUUUUAUAGAUGGCACUAAUUUUUUCUCAUAUAAUGAUAUUAAUGAAUUGUUGAACUGUAUGUUUUCCUUAUCUUCAGUUAGUGAAGGAUGUGAAAGGAUUGUUAACACAGCUGUCAGCGCAAAUAUUAUUAUAUACAUGACCAAAGAGUACCAUAUGGGGGCGGCACCAAGUACAGUAAUUGUAUUUGCCUACCAAGCAGCGACAAAUUUCUUACCUAUUUUUGGGGCUAUUCUGUCUGAUGCGCUAUGGGGACGCUUUCUCACAAUUUCACUCACACUUUUUGCAUGCACAAUUGGUGCUGUUCUGAUGUGGUUGACAACAAUGGUACAAACAUUAGUUGCAGAAGAUUGUGGAAAUGAAGACCAGAACAGCCAGUGUUGUCACUCACCGACAACAUUACAGCUUUUUGUCUUGCUAACUUCCUUAGUUUUCUUGUCAAUUGGCGCAAGUGGUGUUCGCCCUUGCAGCCUUCCUUUUGGUGUCGACCAGUUUGCUCAUUGGAGUGGUACUCGAAAGGACCGUGCCCUCAAAGUUCUAUUUAGCUGGUAUUAUGUUUCAAUGGGUGGCUCAGCAAUUAUUUCCAUAACUCUCAUUGUAUACUUACAAGACAAAUUGGGCUGGAAGAUUGGUUUUGCCAUUUCUGUAGCUAUAAUGGCAUUGGCUACAUUUUUAAACAUUGUAACAUCUCCACUUUACAUUAAGGUGAAACCACAGAAAAGCACAUGGCUUAGCUUAGUGCAAGUAAUUUUCGUCGCUAUUAGGAAUCGACACAUUCAAUUUCCUGAAGUAGGUAGUGGUCUGCAAUACCACAACCCUGGAGGACUGGAGGUAGUUGUUCCAUCAAGAAAAAUGAGGUUCCUGAACAGAGCAUGUGUGCUGAGGGUGCAUACAGAUAGAUCGAACACCGAAGUGCUCAAUGACAAUUCAUGGAAUGUAUGUACAGUUGACCAAGUUGAGGAUCUCAAGCGUACACUAAGUGUCAUCCCUAUGUGGUCGGCCAUGAUUACCAGUUUGUUGAUCCAACAGGCUUCCUUCAGGGUACUACAGGCAGACACCAUGGACCGUCGUGUUGGUACCACAAAGUUCCAAAUGCCCGCUGGUUCCAUCGCAAUCUUCGAAGUAAUUACUUUCACGUUGUGGUCAGGAUGCUUCGACAGAUUCAUGCUACUAGUCGUUCAAAAGAUCACAGGGAGGGAGCAAGUGCUCAGUCAUAAGCAGAAAAUGGGCAUUGGUGUGCUGUUUUCUAUUGCAUCUGCUCUUGCGGCAUCAGCAGUGGAGGCUUUUCGGAGGAAGCAAGCAAUAAGGCAAGGCCUGGAAAACAAUAUUUAUGGGGUUGUAAAUAUGUCAGCAUUGUGGCUAGCACCUCAGUGUGUUUUCGCUGGUCUCGCUAGUGCAUUUGGUUCCAUAGGACAGAUGGAAUUCUACUAUGCAGAGCUACCCAAGACAAUGAGUAGCUUAGCAAUGGCCCUCCUUCCCCUAGCAACAGGUGUUGCAAACAUUGCAGGUACGAUGAUUGUCAAGCUUAUCAAAGUGAUCACGGCUAGGGGAGGAAGAAUAGGUUGGCUUCCUGAUAAUCUGAACCAAGGACAUUAUGACUACUACUAUUUUCUGCUUGCACUGCUUAGUAUGGCAGGUUUCAUCUAUUUUGUUGCUUGUUGUUAUUGGUUUGAAGAACCAGCACCAAUCCAACUUGUUGAACCUCAGGAAGAUGAAACUGAUGGCAUAUGAAUAUAGGGCUCUCUAUAAUGGAUCAUGCCGUGGUUGUUGCAUGAUAGCUUUUUACACAUCAAUGUAAUCUACUAAUCUGGUUGUUUAUUAGUAGAACUAUUACUCUUUGGUUUCUUCGUGAGUCUCACAUAAUUAUCAGUUACAUUACAUUAUUCGUUUUCAUGUUAGUUCA